GAAAGUUUGAGUUUAACCGAUGCUCUACCACUCCCAAUGCAUCUUGCCAGGAACGAUAGCGUCGUUUCGACGAUUCUUCGAAUCCCAUGAUAUGCAGGACGUGCUUUUUAUGGACCUCCCCGAGGCACGCGACACUGUUUAUGUUUCACAUUGACGUUUUCGUGUGUAUUAGAUGGUCCAAGAGCGCACGAACAACACGCGACUGUUUCACACCAAGACGCCCGACGGCGCGUUCGUAAACUCGCUCCAAGGACAUUUUCAUGAAGCCGAUCGGUUCAUCGUAGUCGUACGCCAAGUCGAACACGAUGAAGUGCAUAUGUGUGACCCCCUUCUCAGGCAGCGGCACUACCGGUUAUGGAUGGAGGUGCGGCAGGUGUCGCCCACCCAUAUCAUAACGCGGACAGUCGGUCACUUGUCUCGCCUUUUUCGAGCCCGCGAUGGGUUUUUGAGUACGACCGAGCUCGCGGUGCUGAGGGGCAUCGAUUUAACGGGCAUCCAAGACGACCAGAAGGACGCGUACGUGUGGCGCGAGUUCAUCCGACGGGGAAAUGCGAAUUUCGUGUCUUGGCGACGCCGGUUCAUGGCCUUGAUGCAGGAGGAAUCGCAACACCAUCAUGAUAACCACGAGGAUUGAACGAGCUUUGCUUUGUGCCUUGGAGAUCAUCCACUGCAUUAUGGAAAGGUAGUAUAACGAAGGUUGC